UCCACCAAGUCUCAAAGCUUUUCUUGUUUUCCAAACUCUUAGAAAUCCAUUUCCCACUAUCAAUUUUCUGAGUAACUAAAUUUGAAACUCAUGGCCAUCCGUUUUCAGAGGAUUAUCCCUGCAAAGCAGAUCCUGAGGCGCAUUCUUCCAUCUCCAGAGUCUACAAAUGUGCCUAAAGGUCAUGUUCCUGUCUAUGUUGGGGAAGCUCAAAAGAAGAGAUUUGUGAUUCCAAUUUCAUACUUGAAGCAUCCUUCAUUCCAGAACUUGCUAAGUCAGGCUGAGGAAGAGUUCGGGUUUGAUCAUCCACUGGGUGGUCUCACAAUCCCAUGCAGAGAAGAAGCCUUCAUUGAUCUAACUUGCAGUUUGAAUUGCUCAUAAGCAAGGAGGAUAAUCUCAAAACCACCAGCCUGAAGGACUCUGAAUCUCUAACACCACUGACCCCAAAAACCAGUCCCAUCAAUUUUGCUUCAUUGAGAAAUAGGCCUUUUUUGUAAUGAGAACAGUGUAAAUUUCUUGUACUUUUCUGUAAAGCAAGUUUACAGUCAAAUGUCUUCAUGUUAAUUGAAUAGCUCUACUUUUUCCUUA